UAUUCAUUUUUAAGUCGACAGUCGACACCCUUCAUUAAAAAAUUUGGUAGAUUGAAUCUAAGCAGAUAAGCGAGCCAACCGAAGCGACACGGGGGCGAGAGCUAUGGAGCUAUUCUAUCUGCUGUGCUCAAUCCUCUCCGCCUUCUUCACAUCACUAGUCCUCUCUUGCCUCCUCCCCUUUCGUGCUCUCCUACGUUGCCUGUGCUCCGCACGCUCCGUCGGUUCUUCUGCCGCCACCGGAGAAGACCCUGUCUCUCUCUACGAGGGUACUGUCUGGCACGAGCGCCGGCGUCCUGUCCACCACUCCUUCCGCUAUGCCGUCCGGUAUGCGCUAGUUGACAUUGACAGGGCGCCUAACGUUUUACCCGACCAUCUUUCCGGCGACGAAGCUCGCCGAAUCGCCGGAACCACUGGGCCAGUUUUUCUCUUGACAAUUCCUCCUAGCGUGGGAUACGAACAAAAUCCACUGAGUUUGUAUUAUUGCUAUGAUCUAGGAGCAUCUACUCAGAAUUUGAAGCAGUGCAUUGCUGAGGUAACCAAUACACCUUGGGGUGAAAGAGUAACUUUUGUUUUCAAUCCAAAUUUUGAUUUAGUAGCAAAGCCGUUACAUGUCAGUCCUUUUAUGGAUAUGUAUGGGAAUUGGAGCAUCAAAGCAAAUGUGCCUGGAGAUAAUCUGUUAGUAGCAAUUACAGUUCAACAUCCCAAGCUUGGCAAUUAUUUCACAGCUACAUUGACAGCCAAAAAGGUCUCUUCCUCAUUGGUGGUUGAUCGAGAACUGUUCUUCUGGUUGAUGCCCCAUAAGGUUGCAAUCUGGAUAUAUUGGCAUGCUCUCAAGCUCUGGUGGAAAAAUGUGCAAUUCAUCCAUCAUCCAAAGUGUUCCAACCCAGCAUAUAGGGAGGAAGCUUCAGUACGUGAUAGAAAACUCAAAUGCUGCCAGGCCUCUGGACUGGGCGAGGAUAAACAUAUGCUAGUUGGAGGAACUGGUCCAGAUUUUGCGGCUGACGAUAAUGAGGAGGAUCGAUGGUUUUCAUGGAGAGAUGCUAAAUGGCCCUGGUGUUGAAUGAUAACAGUAAGCCACUGUGUUUUGAUUCAACCUAACAUGGACACUGGCCUAUCUUUUAUUUACUUCAUUUGUUUAGUAAUUUGUUAAAGCUUAUAUGUGACUUCACAGUAAGCACACACAAUGAAAACAAAGAAUUUAUUUGUUAAACUUGUAUAGGUGAACUGCAACCUGUCUACAUUUUUUUUUUUUUUUAAUUGCUCUGUUGUUUAUUUGAUUUUUCUUUUGGAGCCAAUUUAGUAUGUCUCUCACUUCUUAGCAUCUAGUUGGUUUGGAACUCAUGACCUAAUACACUUUUUAUAGGUACAUGAUUGAA